CAGCCGCUUCAAAAGCCAGAACUUUGAAAAGUCGAAGCUGAAUUUUCCCCGAUUUUUCCCGAUUUUCCGUUUCCCGCGAAUCUGAAAGCCGCGCUGCCGGCGUCGCUGCCUCUGACGCCGUCGACGUCGUCGAUCCCGUUUCACGCGUCGCCGCUUCGUCUCGCCGUCUCGCUUGUUUCCCGCCCCCUCUCUCUCUGCCCCUCGUCCCCCGCCAACCCCCUCUUACCAAAAGGCCCCUUAAAACAACAUAAAAAAAAAAGAAACAAAAUAAAACAACACAGAGAGAGAGAGCGAGUGAGAUAGAUAGAGAGAAAGCCAAGCCAAGAAACGUCAUCAAGCGACAACAACAAAUACAACAACAUCAACGUCAACCACAACAACUGCAAUUGCAACCAAACGGCAAACUCAUCAGCGGCAGCAACCACAACAAAAACAACAAAACGCAUUUCAUUGCCAAGAAAAAAAGAAAACGGUCAACGACAUUGCAACAACAAUAACAACAAGAGCAGCAACAUUGGCCAGCAACAACAACACAUCAGCAAUACAGAGAGACUGCAACAUCAACAACAAAAACAGCAACAACUGAAACAACAAAUAGGAAAAUAGGAAAAUGCCCAAAUGCGAUGUGAAAACGCGCUACAUUCCUGCGACUUUCGCCUGGAUUGUGCUGCUUCUGACCACAUUUCUCUUCUUCUUCUAUCCCUGCCAGUACUACGUGAAGAGCCAUCCAUGGGUGCUGGCCUACCAGGGCGUGAUCACAUUCUUCGUGCUGGCCAACUUUACGCUGGCCACGUUCAUGGACCCGGGCAUCAUCCCCAAAGCCUCGCCCGACGAAGACUGCGAGGAGGAGCUGCGCGCCCCGCUCUACAAGAAUGCGGAGAUCAAUGGGAUUACCGUGAAGAUGAAGUGGUGCGUCACCUGUAAGUUCUAUCGCCCGCCGCGCUGUUCCCACUGCUCCGUUUGCAAUCACUGCAUAGAGACCUUUGAUCAUCACUGUCCGUGGGUGAACAACUGCAUCGGCAGGCGGAACUACAGAUUCUUUUUCUUCUUUCUCGUUUCGCUGUCCAUUCACAUGCUGAGCAUCUUCUCGCUGUGCCUGGUCUACGUGCUGAAGAUCAUGCCCAACAUCAAGGACACGGCGCCCAUCGUAGCCAUUAUCCUGAUGGGCCUGGUGACCAUACUGGCCAUCCCCAUCUUCGGACUGACCGGCUUUCACAUGGUCCUGGUGUCGCGGGGUCGGACAACCAACGAGCAGGUGACCGGAAAGUUCAAGGGCGGCUACAAUCCAUUCUCGCGCGGCUGCUGGCACAACUGCUGCUACACACAGUUCGGACCUCAGUAUCCCAGCCUGCUCAACCCGAAGAAGUACGCCUCGCGGCGAUCUCAGGUGCAGAACCAGGCGAUCAGCACCAUUUGCAACGACAGGAGCGGCCAGCAGACGGGCGGCGGGGGCGGGGCCGGCGGCAAUGGUACCGCCGCGGUGUCCGGUGGCGGCGUCGGUGGAGCGGGCGGCGGGGGCGGUAUGCGCGGCACUGCGGUGCAGUACUCACCACGCUCCUUCUACGAUGCGAGUCGCGAGAAGCGGGGAAUACAGGUAAAGACUUAUAUGGCCGAGGGCAAUGGUUAUAAUCAACGGUCGGGCAGCACAACGCUUUACAGUAAGCUUUCGCCCGGACGUGAGUGCUCCGACACCGACCUGGAGCCGCCGCCCGCCUCCCAGAGCCAGGACUGCGAACCGACGCCUCCGCUGCAGCGGCACAACUCCAGCAGCUUCUAUCUGCCGCAGGUGAGCGACGCCGGCGGUCUGAACGGCAGCGUUUCCACGGGCGGCGGAGGAGGCGGCGGCGGCGGGGACUCGCCGCGCCACAUGCGUCUCUACCAUCCGCGUCACAGUCCGCACGCGAGGCCCAGGGGUCUGGAUCCGCAGCGGGGCUACACGAGCGACGCCCUGUCGCCGGACCAUCCCGUUGGCUAUGGCGUCGCCAUCGGCGUGGGCGUGAAUGGAACGCAGCAACAGCAGCAGCAGCAGCAACAACAACAGGCGCUGGCGGCUGCAGCGGCGGCGGCGGCGGUGGCAGCACAAAAUCAACGCAGCGCGACGACCACGGCCACGCCCACAAUGCAGCAGCGGAUCAAGCCGCUGGGCGUGGCCACGCCCCUCGUGAUGGCGAGUCCAGUGCGAAGAUCUAACCCGGGCACGCCCACGCAACCGAGACGCCCCGAUUUCAUCGGACUGAACGCACAGGCGGUGGCACAGCAGCAGCAGCAGCAACAACAGGCUGCUGCGGCGGCUGCAGCAGCGGCCUAUUACGAGUACACCAGCGGCCUGCCGCCGCAACAUCCGCAGGCGCCCAGCAUCCAGCAGCAGCAGCAGCAACUGCUCCUCCAGCAGCAGCGUGUCCUCAUGCAGCACCAACAGCAGCAGCAAGCUCUGCAGCAGCAGCAGCAGCAGGCGGCGGUACAUGCGGCGCAUCCGCAACACGCCGCUCUGGCGCAGGCGGCGUACGGCGGCAGUCCACAGAGGCGCUUCCUCUCCGAGGGCGAACUGGUGCGCCAGGGUGCCGGCGGAGGCGUUGCCGGCGGAGAAUUGUCCUACGCACGGUCCAACAAUACGGUGGAUAAUAUACGAGAGCUGGCCGGCAGUCCGCAGCGCGGCGUUUACAUGUGGAAGGAUACGUCGCCGGGAUUCACUAGCAACGCCGGACAGCAACAGCAGCAGCAGCAACAACAGCAGCAGGCACAACAGGUGGUAAGCAGCGGGAUUGGCAGCAGUACGGGCACGCUGUCCAGCAGCGGAGCCGCCGUCGGUGUGAUGCCGCAUGCCCAGUACAUGACGGCGGGCGGAGGAGCACAUCCGCUGAUCAUGACGCACUCGCGACUCCAGGACUACACCAUCCAGCAGCAGCAGCAGCAGCAACAGCAGCAACAACAGCAGGCAGCGGCGGCUGCGGCAGCAGCCUCAUAUCAUCGCUCCAAUCCGACGAGUCCCACCACCAUGCCACAGGUGUCCGGCGCUGGCCAGAGCUAUAUACUGCGCUACGGUGGCGGAGGAGCGGCCGGAGCAGCCGGCAGCAGUGGCAGUUUAGCCAGCGUGACAGCCAGUAAUCCCGCCACUGGUGGCGGUGGCUAUCAGCCAGCAUUGCGCGGCGGAGUGGCCGUAUUUCCGCCCAAUCCGCUGGGAAAUCAGGGCGGUGGGAAUCUGCAAACGCAGCCCUCGCCACAAAUCAAGCGGAAGCAGACGCCAACGCGGCCCAUGAGCUUUGUGCGAGCGCUAGAGAUGGCGGACUCCAUGGAGAUGCAGUCAAUGGAACAGCAGCAGAACGGCGGAAUUCCCGGCAGCGGGUCGGUGGGAAACAAUCAACAGGCGGGCGGCGGCGGUGCUGCCGGUCACCUAAUGCAGGGCAACGCCUCCAAUUCGGGCACUCCGGAUAGAGCCAGCAUCUACGACAUGAACUACGAGAUCUCCGUAUAACCCGUGGUGGUGCCCGUGCUCCUGAUGCCACCCGCCAGCCAAGCUCCGGGGACAGCAGCCGCUGCUCCAGCUGCUGCAGUUGCUCCAGUUGCCAUCGCCGGUCCGCAGCCACAGGGGCAGUUUUACAAUGCCCAACUGGAGCCAGCUGCCUAUGCCUGUGUUCCUGUCUUGCCCCUCAAACCGAUAAGCAAUGGAGUAGGAACCAAUAGUCAUCAGCACCACCAUCAUCAUCACCAGCAGCAGCAGCAGCAGCAGCCGCAUCAGCAUCAGCCGCAGCAUCACCAACAUCCGCACCAGAACAUCCAGAACCACAACCACAACCAGAUUCAGAACCAGAACCAGAACAAACGCAAAUUUUCAACCUUCUUUUAGGAAAGGGAACUAUCCCGUCUUUUUUACCGAAUGAUUUGAACGAUGAGCAUGUAAGGGUGUAUCUAUAUCGAAACGAGAGCUAUUUACACCAGAUGUGUGUGUAUAUAAGUUGCACUGCUGUUGUAGCUAUUGCUAAAUUUUAAGUCAUUUUAUUAUGUAAUUUUUACGCUUUGUUAUUAUGAUUUUAAUUUUAAUUUUUUAUUGCACUUCGGAAGACGUUUUAUACACGAUCGAUCGGAUAUCGAAAGGAGUUAUUUAUGCGUUUAAUGCUUUCUAUAUAUGAUCGAUAAUGAGAAAAUAGAGUGGAGAUGGAGAUGGAAAUGAGAAUAUGAGAUAAAUUAAACACGAGCAUGUGGAUACAGA